CUUUGUUAACACGCAGCGUGCCCAAGGAAAGAGGCGUUUUGCGCUCCUCGUACGGUUAGAAAGUGAUCUUCUUCCGUGUACAAGUGUUCAAACGACAUUUAUUUCAAAAAGUUUUAAGUAGCUGCGUCUGCCAGCGCAGUGCUGUAAAAGAAUAAGUCGAGGUUUAUUCCUUGCUGAAAAGAGACCCAACGUCUCUUCCUCUUCGGGGGAUGUGACACCCGACAGCUGACACCUGAAGAAGGCUCCACAGAUGAAACGUUGCCCCUCUCUUUUCUUUUCGGCAGUUCAUAACCCUUUACCUGUUGCUUUAUUAUAUAUAAAAAAAAGCGGACAAUCUGUUUUUGAGGACAGCGUGUCGGAAACACAGAGCGUCAGUGGCGGAGUCCAGCGGCAGGUGGCGCUGUGGGUUACAGCUCUAGGCUGAAACUCGAUGGUGCUUCAAAGAGCUGUCAACACAACCAGCCGCAGCAACGGGGACUUACAAAGAGCCGCGAUGAGCCGAAAAAGGAGUCGUUUCUUCUCCGCCGUUGCCGAGCCGCCGGACCUGAAGAAGGUGUUCAUGGACUCCGCGGGCCAGAGCGACGACGACUUCGCCGACCUGGGCGCCGAGCCGGAGCUGCAGGUGUCGGUGUCCGAGAUCGCCGAUCACCUGGGCAGGAGCAUCUCCUGGGCGCUGGACGCCGCCUUGCGCCAGAUCCGGAGGGUGGUGAGCGCCAGGAUCCGCGUUUUAAGGCUGGAGCUGCAGGACAAAACCGCAGAGAUCGAGGUGCUCCGGGCCCGGCUGGAGACGGCGGGUUCGGGGCCGGUGUCGGUCCCCGCUCGGGGGCCGGCCGCGCUGGGCGCCAGACCCCCCCCGGCCGGGCAGCCGGCCAUCAGGCCCGGGGACCUCAGGAAGCUGAAAGCGGGCGCCCCCGAAAUUAAAAAGGAGAAGGUCAACGCCAUCUGCGACUACCUCAUGAAGGACAAGAACGCCCGCAGCAAGAGCGGCGCCUGGUGCGGCGGAGCCGCCCCCUCCGGCACCGACAAGGAGCGGGUUCCGAGCUCCCCGCCCCCGCUGUGGGCCGAGCCCGGCCCGGAGGAGCAGCCCGGAGGGGGAGCUGUGGAGGGCGGCCCCGUCUCGGAGGAGCUGUUCGCCCUCCUGCCUUCACACGGGAAGCUGCUGGACCGGUACCAUGGUCCGGACUCUGCUGGAGAUCUGUCGCCAGGCAACUCACCUAGGUACCUGCAGCCAGGUGUGCAGCUGUUCAAGAGUGACAUGGGACCGGCGCCCAGUGAUCCCGGGGACGAGGGGCCCCCCGGCGACGCCCCCCCAGCCCCCGCCGGCGGCCCCGCGGAGCAGACCUGGGGGCCCCUCGGAUCCGCGGGGGACGGAGUUCCCAUCCGGGCUCCGGAGGGAGUGGAGCGUCUGGAGGGAGGCGGGCCAGGCCCACGGGCCCAAGCCGAGGCCUGCCUCUGCCCCUUCUGCGGAACCUUCUGUCCCAGCGCCGCGUUCCUGGGGGAGCACCUGAAGGCGGCGCACCAGGGGGACGCCGCCGGGGCAGAUCCGUGCGUCUCCCCCGGGGGUCAGGGGCUGGAGAGAGGGAGGCAGAGAGAUCCCGACAAUAAAUCUGUUCUGAAAUAA